CCGUGGACAAAUACAUAUUACUCACCAGGAAAAAUAUUACUCACCAGAAAACAGCGUUAGUGUUAGUUUUGGCGGCCCGAUUAUUGGCGAUGCCAUUAAACUGCGCCAGUUCCUGCUUAACGUAUGCCUACUUCUCUCAAUUUGUUUCUUCCUUUUCAGGGUUUCGGUGUGAUUAUCCAGGAUUUGCAGCAACUUCGAGAAACUUGAGUCUUAAAGUGAAAGCUAGGGUGAAAACAGAUCGUCUCAUUUCAUCACCAUUGUCGACAUCACCAAACAUGUCCUCUAAUAAUAAACACAAGAAGCUGAAGCAAUCAACUGCAGAUGUUGUUAUGAAAAGCGAUGAAGUAAAAGAUGAGGUUUUGGAAAUGAAAAAUGUUAAGGAGAGCGGUUCAAUUGAACUUGAAGGAUUGACGUUUCAUCAACUGAGAACCAUGUCAAGGAAUCAUGGUAUCCCUGCUAAAGGUUCUAAGGAUGACCUUCUGCUGGCCUUGAAGGGAUUCGUGGAUAAUGAGAAAGAUGUCAAUUUUGUUGAUACGUUAGAACAUGUCAAUUCCGAGAAGAAACUAAGGGACCCUGAAAAUGUUGCAUCAGGAAGCCAAAACACUAUCCCAGAUGAGUCCUUCGGGAACCAACAGAAGAAGAGAAGAAGAAAACCAACCAUAGUGAAUGGCGCUACUAUUGCUGUUACAGCAGACACUGUCAUAGCAGAGAAAAAGUUAUCUGUCGCAACAAAAGAGGUUCCAGUGCUAGAUACAAAGCCAUCCCGAGCUCAGAAAAAGGGAAGUACCAAAACUGUGAAACAAGAUGAAGGAUCCAUUUCUGUGUCUGGAAAUCAGAGUGAGCCUUGGACAAUGCUUGCGCACAAAAAACCAGAACCAGGAUGGAUACCAUAUAAUCCAAGAACGAUGAGGCCUCCACCGCUUGCAGAUGGUAUAAAAUCUGUGAAAUUGAUCUCUUGGAAUGUUAAUGGCUUAAGAGCUUUGUUAAAAUUGGAGGGCUUCUCCGCGCUGCAACUCGCGAAACGGGAGAACUUUGAUGUGUUGUGCUUGCAAGAAACCAAACUUCAGGAGAAGGAUGUCGAGGAUAUCAAGAGGUGCCUUAUAGAGGGCUACGAUAAUAGCUUCUGGACUUGCAGUGUUUCAAAGCUUGGUUACUCUGGUACAGCUAUCAUUUCCAGGAUAAAGCCAGUGUCAGUCAGAUAUGGACUAGGCAUACAGGAUCAUGACAGUGAAGGACGCCUUGUGAAAGUGGAAUUUGAUACAUUUUACUUACUAAACGGAUAUGUUCCAAAUUCUGGGGAUGGUUUGAAAAGACUGUCGUACAGGGUUACACAGUGGGAUUCAUCUCUUGCUAACUACAUGAAGGAAUUGGAAAAGUCAAAGCCUGUAAUUCUGACUGGGGAUCUGAACUGUGCACAUCAGGAGAUAGACAUUUAUAACCCUGCUGGAAAUCGAAGAAGUGCCGGGUUUACAAUCGAGGAGAGGCAAUCAUUUGAGACAAACUUCUUGUCGAAAGGUUAUGUUGAUACGUUCAGGCGACAACAUCCUGGCGUUGUUGGCUAUACGUACUGGGGUUAUAGGCAUAAUGGGCGGGUGACAAAUAAAGGAUGGCGUCUUGACUAUUUUCUGGCUUCAGAAUCUCUAGCAGACAAAGUACAUGACUCUUACAUUCUUCCAGAUGUUCUUGGUAGCGACCACUGCCCAAUUGGUCUCAUUCUCAAGCUUUAGGAUGUGUUUGUUGGUUUCAGGAAAACGUUGAUCAUGAGUCCAAAUUUUGAACGCAGCUGUUUCAUUGAACUUUUUGUUAGUCAGUGGCUGUGAUCUCUAUGAGUCCAAAUUUUGAAAUUUCGCGUGCCUGCCUCCUAAUCGCGAAGAUUUAUAUGAAAUUCUCCUUCGCUGCUCAGUUGGACCUGGGGACCUGCUCUAUUUUGCUAUAGUGAGACUUGGGGGAACUCGCUCGCUGUGCUGAUCUUUCACCACUGUAUUUUUCUCGACGUGGAUGUCAAAGACGGCUUACUCCAGCAAUCCCAUUUUAGGUAAAUCGUUUCUUGCGGACGAGGUGCUAAGUUUUUAAUGUGUCUUAGGCUUAGAGUAGGACUUUUAGGCAAGUCUUGUUGGAAUCAGUCAGGGGAUUUAGAUGUUUGGGUGGUCCGGUGAAAUGGUUUCUAAUUUACGGUUGUAAUCAAUUCCCAAUCAGAAUUUGUACUAGUAUUUUGGAUUAACUGUGUCCAGAUAUGCUUUCUCCGCCUAAGCCCGUUCAUGUUUAUUGUAUUCCUGGUGUGCUGUGAGUUUGGCA